AUGGAACGAGACGCAUUCAUCAAUCUGCUGGACCAGUGUUGGAAUGAUUUUCGACAGCAGGCAAUUGCAGCCUACCCAGGAGAAGCAGCAAGUCUUAAGGGAGCGCCUUCAACUGCAGGCCUGCAGGAACCCAUUUUGAGGGAUCAUCUCUUCAAAGAUGUGCCGGAAGCUAUGCCGCAGUCUUCGCUGAAAGAGACAUUUUCAAACAGAAUGAAGUACGACCUGGUGCAAGAUCAGCGGCUGCGGAUUCGGUUGGGGCUUCAACCGGACCAGAAGUUGAUCUCCGGCAAGUCUCUUCAUGCUGCGGUCUCAGCCCUCGGCCUGUCCUGCUACAGUGUUGAGGACAUGAACGACCUGGUUAAUGCAGUGGCAGCACAUGUUGGGCUUCAUUUCAAGGAGUCGAGCAAGGAUUCCGCCCAGCGAACACCAUCCGGAGACGAAGCUGAACUUCUUGGCCUAGAGCCUGUUUGGCGAAUGUCCGGUGCCAGCGCGGCUAGAUGCGCAACUGCCGAGGAACAGCGUACUGACAAUGUUGUGCCGGCUCAAGCUUUGCUCGAGCUGCUGUUAGCGAAUGAUGGACAAGCCGACAAGACGGUCUUCAAACAGCAUGUCUUGCUCAGACAGUUCCAGAGCAUGCGGGAGAUUCUUUUGGCAAGUCAUGCCAAUCAGCUGGUUGCCGAUUUGAGUGUCGUUCGGAUCAAUGACCUGGCUGCCCCUCCCGAGCCGUGGCCUUUGACUUCAUUCGAGCCCUUCUUCGCCUGUGUUCUUGUGAGCUAUGGCAUCAUGUUAGCAUUCCAGCUUGAUCCUGCAUAUGCCAGCUGGCACGGUUGGUUUUAUAUCGAAGUAGCAUUUACGAUUUUCCUCGUCAUAGACAUUCUACUCCGGAUGCAUUUGCUGCGAUGCCGCGCAUACUGGUGCGGUUCAGACUGCGUUUGGAACUGGUUUGACAUUCUCCUUGCAGUGGUUUCAGUAACAAGCUUCUUCUUCAUGUCCAAUGGAUCUACCACGCUUCCGCGAAUCCUCCGUCUCUUUCGGUUGAUCAGGAUAGUAAAGGACCUGAGGUUGAGAGUGAUGAAGGAGCUCCGCCUGAUGAUCAACGGCUGGCUUGCUGGAUUGCGAACUAUAGCGACAGCAUUCAUUUUGCUGGUCUAUGUGCUCUACAUCAUCUCGGCUUUGGCGACCGCGCUGUAUGGACGCUCACACCCAGAACAGUUUGGUACCGUGCCUGCUGCCAUGUUCACAGCUUUCAGAUGCUAUACUGGUGAUUGCUCGGAUAGGGAGGGUUUUCCCUUGACAGUGCUGCUGGCAGAAGAAUUUGGCAGCAUGUAUGUUCUCGGCUAUGUUGUGAGCUACAUGUUGGUGACCAUGGGAAUCUUCAACGUGAUCUUGGCUAUUUACGUUGACAUAACAUUGAAGGCGGCAAAAGGUAGCAAUGCCAGAAGCCCUGAACAGCACGCACUGGAGUCGGUACAUGUUGCUCGCUGCGCACGGGAGCUGCUCAAGAAGUUCGUGACGGCCUACCGAGACUUUAUGGGCCAUGAUGCGGCCUUAAGGGGCGAUGUCACCGACGCCAUGCAAGAGCACGUCCAAAUUACAAAGGAGUUGUUCCAAGUCAUCAUACAGGACAGAGCUGUGCAGGAGCUUAUGGAUGAGCUAGAUUUGCCGCCGAAUCGCACAAACUUGUUCGGAGUCAUUGAUGCAGACGGCAGUGGGGCGCUUGAUGCGCGAGAGCUAGUGCAUGGCAUGCUGAGUCUCCGCGGCGAACUCACUAAGAGCGACGUUGUUGCCACUCUGCUGGCCUCAAAAUCCCUGCACAACAUGUUCCUGCAGAUGAAACAGGAGUGUUUGCAGACACUGGCGACGAUGCCUCAGACAUGUCAUUCUUCCUCUCAGCAUGAUGCACUCCGCAAGGAGCACAACUGCAGGCGACCGGAGGCAAGCUUGGCUCAGGAACCAACGCAGGAGGACCCCAACGAUGAAUCCCAAAUGGACGUCUAUGCCUUCUAG